GUGACUUUGCCUUGUAGUCCUCAGGGUGGCUUAACCUACCUGUUCGACAUAUCGUGCCUGCCCCAGAUGCACCACAAGCCGUUCACCUCCUUCAUCGCUGCCAUCUGGGACUCUGCGCCUCCAACGGUGACUAACCAGGACUUCGAGGCGCUCGUCGAGGGGAUCAACCCAGGUGUCGGGCUCGGCCUGCACUACUGGAUCCCGAACCCGAUCAACGCGUCGGCGGGCAUCAGCGCGGUGUGGGACUUCAGCAAGGCGGAGCGUUUCCAGAACGACACGAACAAGGCGAACGCGUUCCUCGUCGCGGCCGAGACCGGCAACGUCCCGGACCCAAUCAACCCCGUGAUCAACUCGCCGUGGCUUUACGAGCCGGUGCUGGACGUCAAUGGUCAGCCCGACGGACAGCUCGCGACACAGGUGUACCGGUUCAACUCGAACGGAGGCCAAGCUCCGAACACUGUACGUGAUGCUCGACUUCGUGUCCUUUAUUGUGCCGGAGACUGACUUCCUCCGUAGUCUUGCACGCCUGGUGCCCCUACUCUCCAGGUCAAGUCCACUUUGGACUUCUGUAUGUGUUUUGC